AUGUCUACUAUCUUGAUUUCCGGCGCCAACAAAGGAAUUGGCCGUGGCUUGGUUAGCAAGUAUCUGGCUCGCGAUAAUGUGACUGUGAUCGCAGCUGUUCGCAACCCCAGCUCAUCGGAAGCAACCUCUCUCUCCGAACUUCCCACGGGGGAGAGUAGUCGGUUGAUUAUUGUCAAAAUCGACGCCAGCUCUGACACUGACGGAAAGGUUGCGGUGGAGUCACUGUCCAGCCAGGGAGUGUCAGCUUUGGACAUUGUCAUCGCCAACGCGGGAAUCUUCGACACAGCUGCUUUCGUUGCAGUUGCUGAGGCUACCACUUCUCAGAUUCAAACCCAUUUUGAUGUGAACACUCUUGGACCCGUGCGCUUGUUCCAAGCCACUCUUCCCCUUCUUCAGAAGUCAUCGUCUGCUCGCUUCAUCCUGAUCAGCAGUCUGAUGGCAACGAUUGGAGGUAUCAAAGAUAUUCCGCUCAAGGUUGGACCUUAUGGAGCUAGCAAGGCUGCGGCGAACUAUUUUGCCCGGAAAAUCAACUAUGAGAAUGAUGAAAUUGCCACCUUGGCUAUCGACCCUGGUUCAGUUAAGACAGAUGCUGGCAACCACGCUGCCCAAACAAUGGGAUACCCUGGCGCUUUUGUAGAGCUUGAGGACAGCGUGAAUGCAAUUGUCACCAAAAUCGAUGGUUUGAACAAGGAGAACGGUGCGGGAGAGUUUUGGAGCAUUGACGGCACCAACCCCAGCUGGUAG